AUGAAGUAUGGCUACGGUGGGUACGGAGGUUACGGUGGUGACUUGUACAACAAAGGGUACGGAUAUGGAAACAACUACUACAGUGACGAACCAAAAAUAGCUGUAAAAGAAGACCCCAUUUAUAACUCAAACAACAAAGUUUAUGGCUACGGUGGAUACGGAGGAUACGGAGGUGGAUUAUACAACAAAGGGUAUGGGGGAUACGGAUUUGGAUUAUACAACAAAGGGUACGGAUACGGAAACAACUAUUACAGCGACGAAUCAAAAGCUGUAAAAGAAGAUUCAACUUAUAAUUCUUACAACAAAGGGUAUGGUUACGGUGGAUACGGCGGAUAUGGUGGUGGGUUAUACAACAAAGGGUACGGAUAUGGAAGCAACUACUACAGUGACAAACCGAAAAUAGCUGUAAAAGAAGAUCCCACUUAUAAUUCAAUCAACAAAGGUUAUGGCUACGGUGGAUACGGAGGAUAUGGAGGUGGAUUAUACAACAAAGGGUACGGAGGAUACGGAUUAUACAACAUAGGGUACGGAUACGGAAACAACUAUUACAGAGACGAAUCAAAAGCUGUAAAAGAAGAUCCAACUUAUAAUUCUUACAGGUAUGGUUACGGUGGAUACGGUGGAUACGGUGGUGGCUUAUACAACAAAGGGUACGGAUAUGGAAGCAACUAUUACAGUGACGAAUUUAAAGCGGCUAUAAAAAAAGAUCCCACCUAUAGUUCAUACAAUAAAGGGUAUGGAUAUGGUGGAUAUGGAGGUUAUAGCGGAUCAUAUAAUAAAGGUUAUGGAUACGGAAAAUCUUAUUUCAAGGAUGAAUGA